AUGGCAUCAGAAAUCCAAAACUCCAAUCCUACCAUAUUGAACGCCGCGGAUCUUCCUACCCGACUGCGUCCAACUGCCCCUCGUAAAUCCGGUGUUUAUGGCGCUGGCAUCUUUACCUCUGUUCUUCCUCCUGCCGCGAACCCAAAUGACCCGUUCUCCAGUCUAUAUUCCUCGGAGACAUCUGACAGCGAGGAUGAGUUGAUGGAAGAGCCCAUUGAUGAACAGGAGAUUUAUGACCUUAUUUCUACCAUCUCUGACCCGGAACACCCUAUUUCACUGGGCGCGCUAGCUGUCGUUUCUCUUCCUGACAUCUCUAUUAAGCCCUCGCUCGCCAACGUGCCGGAGUCGCCGCUUCGGACAGUCUCGGUGCUUAUCACGCCGACAAUCACCCAUUGCAGUUUAGCGACGGUGAUAGGCUUGGGUGUGCGCGUUCGAUUAGAGCAAUCACUUCCUCCUCGGUUCCGUGUGGAUGUGCGAAUCAAAGAAGGCACUCACAGUACGGCUGAUGAAGUCAACAAGCAGUUAGCCGAUAAAGAAAGGGUCGCCGCAGCCCUGGAAAACGGGACCUUGAUGGGUGUUAUCGCGAAGAUGUUAGAAACAUGUCAAUGA